CACCGUCCGCGGUCACGUGUCGGCCCCAGACCGCUUCGGUGGGUGGGGGUGGCUCUGCCGGGCGUCGGGGCAGGAAGGGAGGCGGCCGCGGUGCCAUUCUUAAAGGGGCCCGAGGGAAGGUGACUGCCGGAAGGAAAAUGAGUGAGUCUUUGGUGGUUUGUGAUGUUGCUGAAGAUUUAGUGGAAAAACUGAGAAAGUUUCGUUUUCGCAAAGAAACGAACAAUGCUGCCAUUAUAAUGAAGAUUGAUAAGGAUAAACGCCUGGUGGUACUGGACGAAGAGCUUGAGGGCAUUUCACCGGAUGAACUUAAAGAUGAACUACCUGAACGACAACCUCGCUUCAUAGUCUAUAGUUACAAAUAUCAACAUGAUGAUGGAAGAGUUUCAUAUCCUCUGUGUUUUAUUUUCUCAAGUCCUGUUGGAUGUAAGCCUGAACAACAAAUGAUGUAUGCUGGGAGUAAGAAUAAGCUAGUCCAAACAGCUGAACUAACCAAGGUAUUUGAAAUAAGAAAUACUGAAGACCUAACUGAAGAAUGGUUACGUGAGAAACUUGGAUUUUUCAUUAAUGUGAAGUUCUAUGUUUCUAAAGUAUUUAUGUAUUAACCUGACCAUACUGGAGCCAGACAUAAAUACUUAUUUAUGCCUAAAAUGCACUGUUACUUACAGUUUGUUUCCUGCAGU